AGAGGAAUGCUGGACAUCCAGAGAGAAGGGAGGCUGCAGCUCGCUGCUCCCCAGUCCCACACCUUGGGCCUCCCUUUGGAACACACAGAUGUCAGAAACUGAGCUGGAAAAGAUAAAAGUAAGAACAGCUGAGCAUUUAGAAAAUGAUAAAAAUAACAUUUCUUGGUUGAAAGAAGGAUUAUCCACCUCAGUUCUAAAUCCUCUUGGAGAUCCUGAUACACAACUCACGAAUGAAAAGCAUGCAGAUGAGAAACCCAUUAAUGCUAUCGUUAUAAAUUCAGUAUCUGACUUCAACAUCACAGAUGGACCAGCCAAUGAAAACCCCAAUGAGAAAAAACUGUCAGAAUCCAGCACAUCACUGUCCUCCCUUGAAGAAUGCCAAACAACAUUUUCUUACCUCCAAACUGAUACUUCAGUUCAUCACAGAGACACUGAUGAGGAAUGUGCCUCCCUUAUCCUCGCCUGUCUGUUUUGCCAGUUUUGGGACUGUCUCCUGAUGCUCCCCGGCACCUGCGAAAUGGUGUGUACCAAAGUGUGCUGCCCCUCUCACCGGUAUCACCACACCUCAGAUGAAAACCACUCUCGGAGUGAUUGCAGCUGCAAUUGUGACAUGGACUGCAGCCUUUUUGAAUCUUGCCAUGAGACCAGCGAGUGUCUGGAACUGGCCAUGGAGAUUUCAGAAAUCUGUUACCGCUAGCACAGUGAAGUAACCACAUUCCGGCAGUCCUUUUGGCCACAAUGGGAAAUUCCAUUACAACAAGACUGAUUUCCAUGUGCUGAAAUGUAAGGACUGUACACAUUUCUUGGAUGUUAUAGGCCAUUUUAUUCUGCACCUGUCUAGGAAAGCUAGUAUUGUCAACUCAAUGGUCUUAUUCCAAAUUUCACAACCGCGUGGCUCACUGAAAAAUAAGAUUCUUGAUCACAUGUGAUGAACAAAUCUUAAAUAUCUCUUAAAUGCUGUAGGUACAAGAUGUUUCUUGACUAUAAAAUAGCAUGUAAAGCCACUGCGUUAUUGCACUCAUCAGCUUGCAUCAUGGAUUCAACCUCAUUCACAAAUUCAGGACAAAUUAGUGCAUUCUUUUAGAAUUGACAUACAUUAGCUCGUCUUUCUAAUGGACUCAUGCAUAAACAUUAUGCAUUGUUGGUUAUUAUUAAUAAUGUAUUGUAUAACAUCAUUUUGUAAUUAAAAAUUUAUUUAUACAGUCUCUUAAAAUUCACUUAUAUGUACAGUUUAGGUAGGAAAGGGAAUUAAAUGAAUUAGAAACCAUGUUCCUGUAAUUACAACAGAUGUCUCUAAAACAUCUCCAGUGAAUUUUGAAUAUGGUGUACUUCAAGACAGUACUAUAAUUCUAGACCAUAUUAUUGUAUGUCUAUGACUGUGUCAUAACAGGUUAUUCAUAUUCUUAAUUCGUUACAGAAAGGCUCUUAGUUAUUCUAAUAAGCAUAAAUGAGAAUUAUGUGCAAGUUUCAAAAAAAAGAUCUCAAUCAAUUCUUCACUUUCUUCAUUUUUAUUUGUCAGGUACAAUAAGCAACAGGAUAUUAAAACAGAUUCAGCUCAUUUUACAAAACUAUCAUUUGUAUAGACACAAGAAAGAAAUACACGUUGAGGGUACUUAUUCAGCACCAAGCUUCUUAAUAUAGCAUGUGCUUCAGAAACCAUGUUUUUCUUUGUCUGAUAAUUAAAGUGAUCAAUAAUUAUGUCAAGUACUUAUUUUACUUAUUUUUUUAAGAAAAAGAUGUGAUAUAGACUGGAAAGUGAUUUUCAACUCAAAUAAGUUUAAACAGUUUGUGGUGAAAACACAUCUAGGUUAAAGUUACUUUGGAAUCUUCUUUACUUUCUGUAGAAACAAUUCUAUAGUCCUUGGGCAAAUACAUUGCUCAUUACUUUGUGUUAAUUUUCAUGGAUAUAUCUUAAUAUUUUCAUUGAAUAUAAAAAAGCAUCAUGCAUGAGUAACCAAACAAAGAACACAGAAGUGAAAUGGAGAAUUGAGGGAAUUUUUUUGUGUGUGAUUUAGGGAAACAGGAACAACAAAAGAAAACUCCAAAAUACCUGUUUUUUCCUGACUUCGGUAAUUUCAGGCAAAAUCACCAUUUGCUUUAUUUCUGUAGCAAACUAGCACAUUUUUCCAAUUUGAAAUAAACUCUCCCAAACAUUGAAAACUAUUCAUCUGUUAAAAAUAUUUGUGAACUGCCUCUAAAAAGGCAUUUAACCACUCUCAACUUGCUCCUGGCAGUGCAGUGCAUCCACGGUUAAUGCUGACUUCAUUCCUGUUUGAUGACCAAGUUAUUCACAAACCACAGAGCAUGAAAGUGCCCCACACCUUCCAUGAAAAAGUCUUUCUGCUUUUCAGAAGCUCGAAGAAACAGCUCUAUACUCAAUGCACAGAACCUGUAGAUCAUUCGAAGAAAAAAAAAUAGAUUCCUAGAACAGGAAGGGAACAUAAGGCUGUUCUUAUGCAACCUUCUUAUAUUUCAUAGGGGAAAAGAGAGGCCCCACGAACUGACUUAUUCAAGACCACACAGUGAAUUAUUGGCAGUGUCAGGAACUCUAACUUGGGUUCUAAUUUUCUGACUACCUGCACUACUCAAUUCUCAGUCCAGCUGGUACACAGUGGUGCAGGUGUUACAAUUGUUAAAAUACUAAAACACUACCAGACUGACUCAUCAAAAGUUGUUCCCUUGCACCUCUUAGUGCUUCCUUAUGUCCCAUCCCUCUUGGCUCCUCUCUGAGCACCUACCCCUCUACCCGUGGUCUAGUCACUAAAGGAGGAACACCUGGGGGUCUCUGGAACCCUAUUCCUAUAAUAUGGUACCUGGUAUCAUUGGUGAGGCCAUGCCAUAUUGGUGUUAAAUAUUUCAAUUAUCAUUCCCUUAUUCUUUCUACUCUACAUACCCUCAAAUUAUGCAAAGAUUGUGCAUUUCAAAUGUGAAUUGAAUGCUUGUCGAUUAGAGACAUAAAAAUCACCAAGUCUUAUGUGGUAAUGUGGUCAGAACACUACAAGAUCUUUCUGUGGCCUUGCUUUCCACGGUUUGUUAACUUUGUUCCUCACUUUCAGAAUUCACUGUGCUAUAACAGAAAGGGCCGGUUAUACAAAGUGUGAAAUUUCUUUUCUUUAUAACCAAUAAUAAAACAUCAUCUUUUUUGCAAACA